AUGGAAGAGUACAAAGUUAACGUUGGCGGUAGAAUUUUCCAAUUUUCUAUUGAUAAUUUAACGCGUGAUUCACCAAAUCUUUUAACCGAACACUUAUUGUCAGAGUCUCAAGACGAAGUUUUUUUUGAUCGUGAUCCUGAUGUAUUUGAAUUUAUAGCCAAACAUCUAAGAGGAUAUAACAUCUUUCCAUUAAUAAAAGAAAACUUACCUGUGGGCUGGAAUCUUUAUAAUUUCAUACAAUGCUUAACGCAAGAUGCGUGUUUUUUCAAACUUAAAGGGCUUUUCUUCUCCAUUCGUCCAUUUUAUUACUUUGGCGCUAGCCCAACUGCUAUAGACAUUUUUUCUCGUGAAGAAAAGACUGUUUUCAAUUUUCAAAAAGUCAAUCCAACCAAUCUUCAUAUUGAAAAUGAUGAUGUCAUGCACGUUGUUCAAGAUAAACGCAUUAAAGCAGAAUUUUUUACUGGAAAUAUAGUUUGGGAUUUAAUUUCGGAUAAUAAUUGGGAAUUUAAAUUUAUCAAUAACUUGGAUAAUGUAAUGAUUAAGAGAAUUUCUAAAGAGAUUCGACCUCAGGCUGAUCAAAAUGUUGAAUAUUAUAUUGGUGAAUCGGGUGGUGCAUUUUUUUCUAUUGAUGAUAUUGAGAUGAACGGAAAUGAUGUUUAUGAUCAUACUGUGGAAAGAUCUUUUCCACUUCAACAAACGAAUCGACCUUUUUCCUGUGUAAGAAUAUGGUUAAAAAAGUUGGUAUUUUCUUUACGAAUACCGAAUGACCCGAAUAAGCCAUUGAUUAUAGUGCCUAUAUGGGGCAUUGGGCUUACGCAAAUUUAUCACAAGUCUUUGAAAUAUGUAAAGUUUUUCUAA